CAGCAGCUCAUUGGAACAUAGCUCCUCCUCUCGGCUCUCCGCGGAGACUCCCACCUCGGCGCCCGGAUCCGGGAAUCUGGAGGAGAAGCCAUGGCGUCAGGCCUGUGCGGUGUUGUUGUGCUCGUCCUCUGUGCCUUUCUGGCCCAUAAUGUAUUCGCCAGGGACUCAGACUGUGAUUCCUACACAGAUUUGAGCAACGUUUAUCACGCACACAAAACGUGCUACCGUGGGUUUUGCUGUGGUACCUGCUACAACAGAUACUGUUGUCAAGAUACUUUCAGUUACCUUUCUGAGAGCAAACAAGAAGACUGUUAUGUCCCGUCGCUUGUGACUUAUACUUCACCGUUCCACAUGAUCAUCGGUAUUGUCAGCCUCGUCAUCGUGUUGCUCACCCUCAUCUGCUGCUGUGUCUGUCCCUGCUGCUGCCUGUACAAAAUUUGCCGCAAGCCACGACCUGUGGUAGCUACCACCACCCACACAACAGUGAUCAGCAGCACGCCUCUGAAUUACCCUCAGCAGCCGACUGCAACACCCGGCCAUCCUCAGUCCUUCCAGGGGCCCCAGUACCAGCCCUACCAGCCCGUACCAGUGCAGCCAGGAUAUGGAUCCCAGCCCAUGCCCCAGGCGUAUGGAGCUCAGCCCAUGCCCCAGGCGUAUGGAGCUCAGCCCAUGCCCCCAGUACCCUACCAGGGACAGCCGUUCACACCAGGGCCACCUCCAACAUAUCAGGAAGCCACUGGUCCCACCUACCCUCCCAACCCGAUGCCUUACAGCCAGGCUGCGUUCUCCCCCAGCCAGCCAGCGUACCCUCCACAGCCUCCUGCCCAGCCGGGGCCCAAUGCUCCGCUCGCCCACACAGACUUCCUUACGCAGCCCGCAUACAACCCAGAAUAUAUCGCACCCCGGACUGGAUAAUGGACCACAGUGCCACACUCUCAGCCACUUUAAACAUGCUGCAGCAUUCAGGAACUUUGCAUAAUUUGAAAUGCGCGAUCUAGAUCAAGAUGACAGUUGUCCCAGAGGGUCUUCAUCCAUGUGUUAAUAUGGGAAUCCGUCGUUGUAGAAGUGCUGUAGAAGAGUAUCCAGGUGAAAAUGUUGACACGUCUUGAUCGACUUGAUAUAGAAGUGGUGAGAUUACUUUUUGUUUUUAUAUUUCUCAAUGGCUCCAACUUAGUCAUCUCGGUGAAUUAAACAUAAAACCACUGAGUCUGAUUGUAAAAAGAAAAAAGUAUAUGAAGUGCUUUGUCAAUCUUCCAGCCUUCUGAACAGGCCUCAACAUCUCCCUCCUAGUCCUUGUCUGUGACGUGCACCAGCCGAACCUGCUCAACCUCUUUAAUCCAACACCCUCAGUGCCGUCACAUUCAAAUUCGGGAGAAGAAGUUUUGGUGUCUGUUGCCAUGACCUCACUGCAGACUGAUAAAUCGCUUUAAGCCUUUCUUUUCUCAUGUACUUUCUCUGGUGUAAUGCCUCAUACGUGUUGGUACAUAAUACUGACCGGCAAAAUAGGUAUUAUUUCUCGCUGGAGGAUGUAGAAAGGAAUCGUGUCAUUGUCAAUUACCGAUAUUCAGAGGUUUCAGGGUUGUCGUUUAACUGCUUCGCAAAAGGGAACAUUCAACAUACAAAGACAAGCCUUGCUCACAAGGAAGGUCAACUUUACAUUGAACUUGUAUGUGUUUAUGUGUUUCAAGUUAUUUUAAAUCACUUUAAUUCGCUCAUCUUACUGCCGUGCGUGUCUAACUGAGCUAAAAUGCAUUGGCACGUUUUACUCAAUCAACCAAACAUUCAUAAAUGCUCAUCUACGAAUUCAACAACUGUGCCUUCUUAGCCUUAUUACCUUAUUAACAGUGUGCAUGUCGUAUAGAACACGUUACAGUCAAAUUUUCUAUUUAUUCUCGAGUGUUUGGUUUUGUUUUUCUAAUAUUGUUCUGUUACUUGUACUUAACUGUCCUCAUAAAGGCUUAGAUAUAAAAAAAAACAUACAAUAUUUUGCAGUGUGUCCUGUUCAGCGUGUACUUUACUGUCACGAAGCCUUUCAGCUCUUUUAGUUACAACCCAAACUGUUCGGAUUCUUUUCUUAAGCAGUAUUCCGUUAUUUACCACGUCACAUCUGUUUUAAGUUGUUUUCUCACCGUAGCUUUUAUUUGGUAGUACCAAUGUUGCAGUGAGGAUUUUACAGCAAUUUUUUUUAUUGUUUAGAUUUAAAAACUAAACGUAAAAAAAAAGGUAUUUCUUGCUUUGUCCCUUUUGUUUUCGUUUGUGUUUUGCAGUAAAGCCCCCUCUCCUGCUUUCUGCCCACUGAAAUGACUUGAAUAUAGUUUUUAACUAAAGUGACCUUUUUUUCUUGUAAGAAGUCACAGCUCAUGUGACAGACCAGAUGCCUGACUUUUCAACUUUUGAUUGUGGUCAAAGAAAGUAGUAGAAUUCCAUUAUAUGUUCGUAUCCCAGGUAUUGUCUUCAGAAUGUCAAAUCUAUGCUGUGGCUUAUUUUACCAGACCAGACAUCAGCUAAUGACAAGGGUCUAAUAUCGUGACAUAUCCAAAGUAGUUUAUUUGUGAAGAGUGUGCAUGUUCCCUGUAUCGACCAAUCGAUUCGCCUGUAUCUCAUCGUGGAUUCGCCUUGUGUCAAAUCUGCCUGUGAACUUCGUCCUUUGGCCAGUGUUGGUUCUUCAAGGUGACUCUCUUGUAUUUGUGAAUUGUAGCCAUUCUUGUUCCCUCUGUUUCCCAUUGAAGAAUAAUUGCCGUUGAUGCUACUUUGACAAUAUGUGUGCGACUUUUCUUUCGUAAAAAAACAAAAACACUGCUUUUCUUGCAGAGUUCAAUAAAAUAUAUAUUUUCAGCUUC